GUUUUUUCCAGAUAUCCACACCAGAUACACUUCACUCUAACUCUUAUCUAUGCUCCGUCACUGCCAACUCCACCCGUUCCUUCUUAUGAAACGUGCCGAAACUGGAGUCUUGCAUUUUUAGCGUGCCGUUUAAUAAAAGCCUGGCUGUGCGCACUUUGCUAGAGCAUUUUUUGUCAAGUCUGAGCAUGUGGUUUGGACUAAAUACACGAAUUAAAAACAAAACAACAAAACUUUAGAGUACCAGCACGUUUAUAAAAAAAACAUAUACAAGUUACAAGGAGGGAUACUACGCGCCGGGGUAUGGUGAUAACGAAGUUUUGUUAGUAAUUUUUUUUUUUUUCAUGACUCGUGUCGAGUUUGGUUCAUAGUCGCCGAUUUUUCCACGGGGUAUGUUUCUUAUUCCAGGUCAUCGUUUCCAGUGGCCGAGCAAGCUGCAUGCCCGUUUAUUUUCACAUUUUAAGAUAAACGUAUUGCUGUUACUGUUAAGUGCCUACCACCUAGCUUAAAAAGAAAAAAGAAGAGAGGGUGGGAAAAAAGAUGUCAUUUAGAAUUUGUCUCCUCUUGCUGGUGGAGCUCUGGGCAUGCUGCUGGAGUGAAAGGUUGAAGCCAACCAGUUACCCCAUCUUCUCUGAAAAGCCCUUUGCCUUGGUCUGGAAUGCACCCACUGAGGACUGCAGACCGCGCUACGGGGUGACGCUCAAUUUAAAACAGUUCCAGGUCACGGCUUCGCCCAACGAGGGCUUCGUGGGGCAGAAGCUCACCAUCUUCUACAAUGACCGCUUGGGGCUUUACCCCUAUCACACCGAGAAAGGGCAGCCUGUCAACGGGGGGAUACCCCAGCUCGCCCGCCUCCGAGAACACCUGGAAAAGAUGCCAGAAGGGAUGGACAAAUACAUCCGAGAUGCCCAGUCCAGUGGUCUGGCUGUGAUCGACUGGGAGGAGUGGAGGCCCCUGUGGAUCCGUAACUGGGACACCAAGGACGUUUACCGUAACAUCUCGCGCUCAAUGAUCGCCCAGAGGAACCCCGGCUGGUCCAAGGAACAGGUGAACAAGGUGGCCCAAGUAGAGUUUGAAGCCUCUGCCAAGCAGUUCAUGCUGGAGACCCUGAGGACGGCCAAGAGCCUGCGGCCCAACCGGCUCUGGGGCUAUUACCUCUACCCUGACUGCUACAACCACGACUACAAGAACAGCCUGAAGGACUACACUGGCCGCUGCCCUGACGUGGAGAUCAGUCGUAACGACCAGCUGGACUGGCUGUGGGAGGAGAGCACAGCCCUCUACCCCUCCAUCUACAUGGGCACUGUGCUGCGCUCCAGUGAGUCCGGCCGGCAGUUUGUGCGCAACAGGGUCAAGGAGGGCAUAAGGCUGGCGUCUGUCGGGGAGGGGCUGGCACGGCCGGUCUUCGUUUACACACGGCCUACCUACUCUAACGGGCUGGAGCUGCUCUCUCAGAUGGACCUGGUCUAUACCAUUGGGGAAAGUGCAGCUCUGGGAGCCGCCGGACUUAUCUUUUGGGGAGAUGCAACUCAUGCCAGCAGCGCUGCUAGCUGCAGGGUGCUGCAAGGCGCCUUGCAGGGGACGCUGGGGAGCUACCUGCUCAACGUGUCGACGGCAGCGCAGCUCUGCAGCGGCUCGCGGUGCAGCCUGAACGGGCGCUGCGUGCGGCUCAACCCCAACACCAACACCUACCUGCACCUGAACGCCCGCAGCUUCCAGAUCACACAGGAGGGGGGCAGCCUGGAGGUGAAGGGGGAGCUGAGCUCCGCUGACAGGGAUGACUUCCGGAGGGACUUCAUCUGCCAGUGCUACAGUGGCUACAGCGGGGAUUCCUGCGGGGUUCUGGAGGCUGGGGCCCAGAGGGGUGCUGUACUCUGUCUGACACCCACCAUCGCCACCCUGCUGGCAGUGUUGGCUCUGCAGGUUCUCCUCCAGUAGUGCUAUGAAACAACAAGAACAGCAUGUCAAGGACAAAUUAAACUCUCUAGAGACUCCAAACCAGCAUUCCUAAUCCGGUAACAACUUUCCCAAAGGAUAAAUUAAUUUGUAGCUAUUACCAAUGUGUCCAGGGGUAACCAAAACAGUAAAUAAACAAUCAUGACACAAAUUCGUAUCUUUCGGAGGAGGGUAAUUAACCUAUGAGAGUAUGCGUUAGCCAAAGAAUAAGUCGCAAUUAUUAAUUAUGAGUGCAUUCUUCCAAAGACUUUGGUGGACCAUAGCUUUCAUCCUGAAGUGCAGCGUGAAAUAUCCAAAGAUUGUUUCUUUUUCUGCACGCCAUUGUGUGUCAACUUUCUCAAGAUAACACUGAACAGUGUCAUUUUCCAGGGUUUAAAGAACUUUAGUCUCUAUACCUCAACUCGGUGCCACCAGUAUAUACACACUUUACCUUAAUUCAAGACGUGAUUUUCUUGCAGGCAGUGUAAACUGACUUACAGUAUUUGUGUCCUAAAAUCAGAUUGCAAGCAGAAAUAAAGAAAGACGAGGUAGUUUGUAAACACAGCUGAAUUUUUUAAAACUUUGCUAAUAUGUUCAGAUACACAAUUGUAAAAAAAAAAAAAAAAAAAAUGAAAUCCAAAUCCUUUUAAUAUAUUUGCUUUAAAAAACAGAAGGAAAUAAUAUUGAAGGAGGGAGGGGUGUAUCUGGAAACUAGUUCAACCACAGCUUGUUUAUUAAAAAUCAGAGGGAGGAGAGAGUUUGUAAAGGUUCUUUGCAAAGACAAGUUAAUCUCUGGACAUAAACCAAAGAUAAAUGUCAAUCCGUAUCUCAAGGCUAAUUUGGACUCCACUCCCUGUUCUGCAUCCCUCUGUUUAUUGUCUUGGAUACAAGACUUCAAGCACAUUCCACCUCCUUGACAGGAAUCUUUGUUCCGUUUUCCUUUUUGUACAUUCCACUUGCAUGUGCCGCUCCACUCUUCCACAUUCAAAGGGUGUGCCUGUUUUUUAACAAGUGCCUCUCAUGUUCUUCUUCUGCGCUAGCUUUAACGUUAUUUUCAAGGACGAAAAAAAAUCAAACUGGAAAACACAAUUGUGAAAUAAAACCUCAGCUUGCGAAAGAACACGCUCACCCCUUUCUGAUUUGCUUAACACUUACGAAACAUCCACUGCUGUCUUUGUAAGCGAUUCGUGGCGUUGGGUUUUCACAGGCUGGCUGAAGCACAAUUGGGGGUGUGUUCUAAAAACAUACGGAGGCUGUUUCAAACACAGGUAGUUGGUCACUGACAGUUAAAGAAACUUUUUACAUUUUUGUUAACUUUUGUUUUUGCAGUUUUCAUGAUCUCCUGAUGCCAAGCAAUGUAAUUCUUGAUUUAUGAGUGCAAUCAUAUAUAAAGAAAAGCAAACUGGAUUUGUAUUGUUUUUUUUUUUUUGCCAACUAGAAUGAUCUGCAAAUGUAACCUGAUCUAAAUUAUUGUUUGAAUGGCAGGUGUUCUUAUGAACAUUUUGUAUUUGUAUUGUUUUGAAUACAGUGCUUAAAUAUGUUUUCAUUGAUGAUA